UAAGCCUAUGAACAGUACUUCAGGCCUGGGGAAUGUACUGGAUUCAUCGUUUGGCCAGUCAUCUGAGGACUUCAAGUGUGGGCUCUCUCAGCAGUACGGGGUAAUUGAAUUCCUUAGGUUUGGCUUUUUGAAGUGAGUUUGUUGAACAGACAAGCUGGCCUUCCCUCAUAGAAAACGUUUUGAGCCGUUUGGACACAACAACCAUGACAGGUUUUGGAUACCACAUCUGUUCAGUUGGCGUUGCACAGAUGGGUCGCGGAGCAGUAAAUACAUUCAUGAAGCAUGGUCGGAACUCGGCGUUGUACAUAUUCAACUUCUGGAAAGGGCGACGAAAAGACAAAGACUCGCCAACCCCCGCCCCUGAAGAAUACAGACUUUACCUAGAAGACCAAUAUGUUCGUGAUUCGUGUGUGUCGGACGGUGACCUCAUAGAGUUAAUCCACCAACCAAAGGGACUGUGUCAUGAUGAGUGGCUUGCAACACAUACUAUCUCCUUCUUUGAACAUAUCAACCUCAUGUAUGGGACUAUAUCUGAGUAUUGUACAGCGACGGGAUGCACUGCCAUGACAGCACCUUGUAAUACACAAUACUAUUGGUUGGACGAAAAAGGCAAAAAAUGUAAAUGUGCUGCCCCUCAGUACGUGGACUAUGUCAUGACCUAUAUACAAAAGACAAUUGCGGAUGAAUCGAUCUUCCCAACCAAAUAUGGUCAAGUCUUCCCGUCAGACUUUGAGGCGAUGGUCAAGAAGAUUCAUCGACUGUUAUUCCAUGUGUUAGCACAUCUUUACCACGCUCACUUCAAGGAAUUAGUCCAACUCAGUUUGCAAGGACAUCUGAAUAUUCUCAUGAAACACUUCAUGAUCUUUAACACGAAAUUUAACCUCAUUGACGAAAAGGAUGUUGAUAUCUUAGACGAUUUAACGCGAGUGUUGCUAUCGAACCAUAACACGUCAACGGAGGAUAAAGAGAAUAGUAAAACAAACCAGGACAAUAGUAACGAAACAUUGAAAGAUGGCAAAGACGAUAAGGACUCUAAGGAGUUGAAAUCAUGGUGGUGAUGACGCUGUCUUUUAGUUUAGGGUUACUCAGGACGUUUGGAGGUUCAUCGGGUGAUGGAAGCUGGAAUGCAAUGUGAAUGGUCAGCUGACCAAUACAUCGCUUCUCUUACCUUGGCGGCAGACCUUCUCGCAAGGAAACGCGGUUGUACGUUAUGUGUUUGUUUUGAGGUUGUAAAUUUCACUGAUGUUUUUUGGGCAUCACAUUCAGCUGUACGUAAAUAAACGUUGACAAAACCAACUUCGAUCAUCAUGUCAUAUUUGAUCAAGGUAGCUUUAAAUGUUGAUAAAAGAGUUGUUACAUGUUAUUUACCAGUUCCAGUGUGUUUAACGAGGACUGCUCCUAUAAUAGUGUGCUAAUGAAUCCUUCUCCUUCAAGAAAAUAUUGACCAAUAAUGCUGUGUACCUCUACCUCAAAGUGUAGUAAUUAUUUAGGCCUUUCCUUGAAAUGAUCUGCGCAAGUUGAUAGUCAUUGCAGCAUGUGAUAAGUGUGGUCUUCAGUUGAAUGCCGGCCACAUCUUCAUGGUUUUAAGAUGGGUAGGGACCAACUACACAUAGAUAUGAAUCGCUAUCAGAACAAUAUGAGGAAAUGUACCUCUGAUGCCCAAGCUUUAGGUGUGACCUUGUUCAAUUGACUGUUGAGUCAUUCUGCACAGCUUUGUUAGUUACAAUCGGAGCAAUAUUUAGAUUGAAAGGGGAGUAGAUGCAUCAAUGCCUUGUUGUAAAAGGGUUCAGAGUGCGAGUCACAUUGAUGUUUCUUGAUGGUCCCUACAUGGUAGGAGCAGGACCUAGCAUUGCCCCUCUUUUCCUUCACCUUUUCCUCACACCGACAGAGCAGUAGCAUGAUUGAGGGAAGCCAAAUCUAGCCAGUAAUUUAGAUGUAAGCUGGUUUGGCUUGACAAUGACAUCAUCCUGCUUUGUGUUGUGAUCACUGGAUGCUAUUUUGUAAACUAUACACGAUUGGCCAGGAGUCACAGGGUUAUUUCUAACAGAUGGCUUGAUCGAUGGUUGCUUUUCGCAGCCAGGUUUUCAAUUUUUUGAACAUCUGACCUAAGAAAGUGAUUAUCACCCGCUAGACGGGUCUCAAUGCAACGUCCAUUAUCAUGUAUUUCUAUCAUGGCUAUUCAUGAACGGAAGCACUAAUCAAGCUGACUGAGCAUCUAUAUUUCCACCUCGGUGAAGAAGCUUUGAAAACACUCUGUGAACAGGAACUUGGAACAUAUUGAAAAGUACCCUAAAUGCUUGCCGGGUGAUAAUCAGCUUAAUUCUUUUCAGCUGUGCUGUGUCAACUGGUGGAUAGUUGGUAGUUGCAGUCCAGCCAGACUUUUUUCAGCCAAGCUGUAUAAUGAGGUUAUGCCCCCUCCCUUAAUGUGCUUGGUGUUACUUGACUUUAACUUUAACUCAUCCAGAUGUUAUGAUGAUUAUAUACGGUUGGGAAUUCAACGUUCUAUGUGAUUUUAUUCAUUUAAUGUGUAUUUAUUCAAGAUUAUGACCAGAGAGGUUUGGCAAUGUCACGACUUUUGGUUAUGUUAAGAUCUGUAUCUGGUAUCCACUCAAUAUUUGAACACCAAUGUCUAAUAACUUCACAACGAUUAACGGGUACUUAGAUCAGUUGUGUCAUUAUGUACACUACAAUAUCAUGCUGCAAUGCAUGGCACAGUAUUAGUCUAUCACUGCCAAAUGUCACAGCACAGAAAGCCAUGUUGAGCAUGGUAUGAUCCGAAAGGAGGUAGCUGAAAGUGGGCAUACGUUGGAAGUCUGAUUCAUAGUCAACUCUUGGGACAUUACCAGACCUCUUCGUCAUCCUAGAUGUGAAUAGUAAUCAUAAUUUGUUUUAAAACCUCUCGUGAGAACAUUUUGUCUGCUAUGGUUAACCGCUAUUACUGACAGUAAGUUAUUCUGCUGUCGGAAUUGUAAGUUGAAAGUGAGAUUGUUUCCAUUCUCAUGAUUUAGAGGGCAGGGAGGCAGGAUGUUUUUUUCCAGUCGAGGGUAUGAAGGCUGACUAUAUUUGGAAAGAAUCAAGGGUUCUCUUGUCCAUAUGGCUCAGUAUCAGUGUCUGCCAUGACUGAAGAAAUCCCAUCUUGUCUUUCAGAACCAUGCAUUUUCUUUGUAUUUAAAGAUGAUUAGAUGUGCCAUGUGGGAUAACUAUUGAAAGUAUUGUGUAAAUAUACAUGUAUAUAUGUAUUAUGCAGGAGUUAUAAUAAGGCAGUUUUUGAUGCUGCGUUGAGAGUGGUGGUCCUGACUGUCGAACUGCUGUGAUGCCCCAAGAUGUCACCCAGGGACUGAGUGAGAUGUUUGACUAGGAGUGAGUUUAUAGAUGGAGACCGGGUCUCGGGCACCUGGGCCUAUUUUGAACAACUACACCCUGAUGGGGACAGUGGCGAAACAUUGGGGGUGCCAAGUGGUAUGACAGAGCAGCCACUAACUUGACCUAAGAUGAACAAGAGGCAUUGACCCUGUUGACAAACACGCAGCCUUGUAUUUGGCAUCCUUGUCAUGUUAUGUGGCAAACAUUUUUCUCAGUCCGUCGAGGUGAUGAUGUAUUUUCAGCGGUACCUUGGUACCUGCGAUCUCUUGUGAUAGCACCAGAAUUAUAGUAGAGGUGUAAAACGGUUUAGAAUAUUUAUACUGUGCUGUAUCUCAUUCAUGCUUUCGUUGAGGUGUUUGGAAAAAGUCCACAAUUUCAUUAAAUAUAUAGAAGGAUAUUGCAAUGAGAAUCAGUUCAAUUGUCAGACAUGAAUAGAACUGUUUGAGAUGUUAAUGCUGGAUAGUGCUAAAGGUUUUUGUACAAACGUACUUACUUCUUGUUCAAAACCAUUUCAUUCGAUAUUAAGAAGUUCUCACCUUGGGUACUGAGGAUUACUGGUACUUUGAUCAAUCACUGGUAGAAAGCAACCAGAAGUACUUAGAUAUUAAACUUCAAGAGGUGUUCGUACAUUGUAUAUUUCUUUGCUUGUUUCUUACUUUCUUUGAAGUCUCUGGCGUUUGGGUCCAUGACUGAAACGUUUCUUUUUCAUUCUAUGAUCUAAAAAGGUAACAUCAGCUGAGGAGGGUACUGUAUCUGUAGAUUGUUACCCGUUGAGAUGUGGCCCCUACCUGCUCCAUGUAUUAGAGUGUUGGUCAUGCUCUCGAGACCGUUUAUUUCAUUUCCAUGCUGUGUAUAUGAUUGACUCAUUUUAAAAAUCUUACAUUUUCAUCUUAAUUUCAUGUGCUGGUGAAGAAUUUACAUUUCAGAUGUAUCUGUUUAUUGGUUUUCCUACUCUUUUUUAUUCAUGCACCAUUGCCAGAUUUGAAAACAAUGAUGGUCAUAAUGAUAGUAAUAUAUGACCUUGCUGAUACCUGAACUGAAUUCUCUGAAUUCCCUGAAGUAGUUUGGUCAUCUCAAGGACCUGAUAGUUGUAAUGCUAGUCCUAGCUGUCUAGGUGCUUCUCAUGCUUUUCCGCUUUUAUCGGUUAGGUAUAGUUACCGAGAUUGCUUUGGCUCUCUGCGAAGAAGGCACAAGGCCUAUAUUACCACACCAUUCUUCUAAAACAUGGAAUGUUAGCUUGUUUGUGUUACCAUGACAUUUUGUUGUUGUUGUUAUAUAUGUGUGGUUACCACAGCGACCAGUGGGGUUUGAAAGCUUCUCCAUAAACUGGACAUUCAGUUGGUGAUGAGCCUGGAAUACACUGCUGCACCCAGGUUGGAGUCGGCUGUCCACCAAGGACUACACCAGGGAAUACAGAGCAGACGAGGACAACCACCUUGAACAAGGUGGCAUCUGAGUAUCAGACUUGUGGUUGGAACCUGGGGUCUAUUGGCCAUUUUGUGCUUCACAGCGCUGUAUCACCAACUCCUGCAGGGGGACAUAUAAUGGAGUGCCUCUGUGGAGACCUAUGAUAGUAAAAGUCAUUGUCAAGUGCUUUGAGCCAUACUCUGAUCAUGACAUGUGCUGCACAUGUACAACAGCCUCUGGUUUUCGACUGCAGACCUUAUGCACCAAAUCACAUCCAAGUGCAAUCACUGUUCCCAUUGGUCUCUGUUGUAAUUAAUCAGCUAGCUAAUUUGCCGUGUAUUAUGUAGUUCUCUUUGCUUGAUGACAUGUUCUGGAUAUCAUUGGACACCAUUGUAAUUAUGAUGUAAAUAAAUCCCAAAUGACAUUGAA